AUGAAGUUUAGUGAAGCAUUAGAUGACUUAUCUGGCAGAUUUAUUUCUUGCCUGCCAUUGUCUGAGCUAAGAAACAGUGAAAGAUUGUUCUUUCAAGUAGAGGAGGCCCACUGGUUCUAUGAAGACCACUACCGCAGAGGAUACGGCCUUCCGUAUUUAAAUUUAAAAGAAUUCACAUUUCAGCUUAUAGCGCAUAAUGAGCACUUAAAGGGGGCGAUAAAGGUGGAUGAAGACUUCAAGAAAUUUCUGAGGUAUAAGAAAAUAGUUCCUGUAUUUGGGGCACUGAUAUUCAAUAGCGAAAUGACAAAAAUACUUUUAGUUAGAGGGUUUGGGCCAAAGAGAUCCUUUACUUUCCCGCGUGGGAAGAUAUGUAAGUCUGAGAACAGUAUAGAAUGUGCAGUUAGAGAGGUAUAUGAAGAGGUGGGGUAUGAUAUAACAGACAAGCUAAUAACAAACAUAUUUUUGGAAACAGGAACAAAGAGCAAAGAGUCUAAGCUAUUUGCUAUUAUGAACGUAUCUGAGCAUACAACGCUAUUUGAAACAAAAACCCGAAAUGAGAUAAAAGAGAUUAAAUGGGUGGAAAUUGAACAAUUAGAAAGCUCUCCGACAGAACAGUUCUCAUAUGUCAAAACAUUUAUUAGGGAGAUAAAGGCGCUUGUUAAUAAGAUAGAAGCAGAUAAGCACAGAUUGAAUCUUUCAAAAAUUAAACAGGCCUUUGAAGUGGAUUAA